GGAUUUCAGCUUUCAUUCAACAAACAGCAGCAUCAAAUACCAACAACAAAAAUGCCAUCUGUGGAAUUCACGUACAGGGGUCUUAUUGCUCCGGUUUUUACACCUUUUAACAGCGACAGCGAACAAUCUCUGAAUUUGUCAAUCGUUCCACGUUAUGCAGAAUAUCUUGCUCAAAAGGGUAUCACUGGAAUUCUUGUUAAUGGAACCACUGGAGAAGGCACAUCUCUUUCCUUAAAAGAAAGGAAACUAAUUUCUGAAGAAUGGGCAAAAGCCGUGAAAAAAACAAAGCAGCAUUUAAUGAUUCAAGUUGGAGGUGCUCCACUUCCUGAUGUUUUGGAACUAGCCAAGCAUGCCGAAAGUUUAAAAGUCGAUUCUCUUUUAUGUUUACCGGAACUUUAUUUCAAACCGUUGAAACCGGAAAGUCUAGUCGACUAUUUGAAGGCUGUCUCGGAUGCUGCACCAAAGACUCCCUUGUUAUUUUAUCAUAUACCUAUGUUUACAAAUGUUACUUUACACAUGGGUAAUUUCUUGGAAACUAUUGGUGACCAAGUGCCCACAUUUGCCGGCAUCAAAUUCACGAGCAAUAAUUUAGAGGAAGGCUAUCUAGCAUUGAAAGCUGAUAACGGGCGUUUCGCAGUUUUCUUAGGCAAUGAUCAGUUGAUUUCUGCUGGUUGCUCUAUUGGAAUGGAUUCCUUUAUAUCUACAACAUUAAGCAUAUUUCCGGAACAAAUUUUGUCAAUUCUUAAUUCAUGGAAAAGUAAAGAUGUUGAAACAGCCAGGAAGAUUCAACAUGAACUUUCCACAGCUGUUGGUACCAUAGCCAAACACGGGAACUGGGUCGAGACAAUGAAGUUUGCAAUGAAUUUUGUAACACCUCUAAACAUGGGGGCUCCUAGAUUACCUCUCAAGGUUCUAUCUUCAGAGAGUCAAACCACAAUGAAAAAGGAUUUGGAGAAACUAUUGAAAUCUGCUUGAUUUCUAUAGAAUCAUUAAAAGAAAAGUUUUUUUGUGUGAUAAAAAUAAAGCAUAAUAUAAUCGGAAAAUAUUCCGACUUUACCUGUUAUAAGGUAGAGACAAUGUUGUGAUAAUAUUUUUAUAUUACUGUGAGAUGCUUUUGUUUUCUUAAA